AUGCCUGUGUUUAAUUCUCUUAAUAGAAACAUAAGGGGAAGUAAUGAUAGUGAUAGUGUACUUUCUCUUGCUCAGGUAUUUAAUGACCCGAUCCACGGUCACAUUGAGCUGCACCCCCUGCUGGUGAAGAUCAUCGACACUCCUCAGUUCCAGAGACUGCGGAACAUUAAACAGCUGGGAGGAGCGUACUUUGUGUUUCCUGGAGCUUCACACAACCGCUUUGAACACUCCAUAGGUGUUGGGUAUUUAGCAGGACAUCUCAUUAAAGGUCUGCAGGGAAAACAGCCCGAGCUCGGCAUCACCGAACAAGAUGUCCUCUGUGUUCAGAUUGCUGGCUUGUGCCAUGACUUGGGUCAUGGUCCAUUCUCUCAUCUGUUUGAUAAAUUAUUUAUCCCAAAAGUCCGCCCUGGUUACGAAUGGAAGCAUGAGAAAGCAUCGGUGCAGAUGUUUAAGCAUCUGGUGAAGGAAAAUAAUCUGUGGCCUGUAAUGGAGAAACAAUACAAGCUCUCUCCCAAUGAUCUUGUCUUUAUCGAAGAGCAGAUCACAGGACCACGGGAGACUGAUUCCUCACAAAACACAGUAGAGAAGCAAGACAAAAGCAGACGUGAGAAAAAGGAAUUCUUGUAUGAGAUUGUUGCAAAUAAGAGAACGGGUAUUGAUGUGGAUAAGUGGGAUUAUUUUGCCAGAGACUCGUAUCACCUGGGAAUCCAGAACAGCUCAGACCACCGGCGUGUCUUUAAAUUCGCUCGAGUGUGUGAGGUCAAUGGGGAAAAGCUCAUCUGUGCCAGAGACAAGGAAGUUCAUGAUUUAUAUGACAUGUUUCACACAAGACACUCCCUACACCGCAGAGCCUAUCAGCACAACGUGACCAAAAUCAUUGAGGAGAUGAUAGCAGAGGCCUUGGUGAAGGCAGAUCCUUUCAUUCAGAUUGAGGGAUCCAAAGGAAAGAUGUACAAAAUGUCAGAGGCCGUAGAUGACAUGGUGGCCUACACCAAGCUCACAGAUCAUGUUUUUGAGGAGAUCUUGCACUCUUCUGAUUCAAACCUGACUGAAGCCCAGACCAUCCUGAAGAACAUCAUCUGCAGACGCUUGUACAAGUGUGUGGGACAGACAAAACCUGAAAUAGACAUUACCGAGUCAAAGAAACUGGCCGAAGAGUUGGUUAAGUGCAAACCCGAUGGCGCUAAACUGGAGGCUGAAGAUUUCAUUAUCACUGUGUUUGGAAUAGAUUAUGGCAAGAAGAAGAAAAACCCCAUCGAAGAUGUCUACUUCUACAGCAAGAAGAACCCCAAUGAAGCCUUUCAAAUUCGCAAAGAAGAGGUGUCCAAACUGCUGCCUGAGCACUUUUCUGAGAAACAAAUCAGAGUCUACUGCAAACAGACAGGUGAACUGGAACUGAAAGCUGCAGAGAAAUGCUUUGAGCAGUGGUGUGAGAAAAAUAAUUCCAAACCCCAGAAUGCUAAUAUUGCGGCUCCAGAAUUAACUCCUCUGAAGUUAACCUCUGAUAAAUCUGGGGGAAGUGACGAUGCAGAAGCUGAUGUCCAAAAAGGCAGAAAAGCAGCAAAAAAAAAUCUCUUUGGUUCCCCAAAAUGACAACAACAUUGACGUGUAUAUUGACAAAGCUGAUCACAUGUCAAUCAAAGGCUACUAUAUCAUAUCUUGUAUCGUAUAAAUGAUUCAGGGCUCAAAUAUCAAAUUGUUUCAUUGAGAAUUAAAAUCAGGUUGAGGUACCUUUUUAUUUUUUCCAUAGCUUUAUAGGUUAGGGUUAAACUUCUUCUGUGUUAUUUUGUCUGGAUUAUAAACCAGGACAUGGUAAAGGUGUAGUAGGUGUAUUUAUUCAUGGUUUGACUAUCUAACCACGUUUAGAACUAAUUUGCAAUCACUACAAUAUCUACACUACAGUAUCAAUAGAGAACAUGUGAGAAAUCUAGCAUUCAUAACACUUUUGUUCGAAUCUGUUUAUGUUUUUUCCUUAUGUUUUGCUUUCACUUUUUGUAAUCUUCCUGUACCAAAUUCCUGACACUAUAUGGGUCAAUAUAUAAUUGAGGGGGAUUUCAUGUCCAUGAGAUUUAUCUCGCAAACAUGCUUAUUAAAAUAAAAUUUUAAAAGUC